GAGUCAGCUAUCAUUUGGAGGUGAGCAAUGGUCGCGAUACUUUGUUAGUUCUUUUGCAAACGAUUGUUCUUGACACCGAAUCAGUGCAUGUCUACCGUCAAGUUUUUCUAUCCAGUUGGGAAAGAAAAUGGAGGUGUUGAUAGAUUGUUACUUCGACAAACUGUUCGCUGAAAUGGAGCGCAGUUGCUUAGCUUCUCGGUACAAACGUCGUGAAAUGGUCGGUUACUUUUCAGACGUGAUAAAUAGCUGCGCCGAAGCGGAGAACCUCGAUAAGCAGGACGUCUGCGAGAGGAUAGUGAUGUCCGCUCUUCGCUACCACAAUAUCGCCAUGAUGGAGAACGGCUACGUCUGCAUGCUAGGUAAAUUCCACAAUGUCCUCUACGUAGCCGCGAAACUGUGUUUCGACUGGAACUUGAACAACAACGAGAUCGUCGCGCGUCUGCUCAACGACAUAUUCUACUGCGAGAAGACGUUCGAGCGGAUUUUCGUGGGCGCGAUCUUCGGCAUACGGGUGACGCAUUUCCUGUCCGGAUGGAAGAGCGACUUCGAGGAUCGCGAGGAGAACAUUCGCGCGUUGGUGUACUUCCUGAAUCACGCUGCCCUCGGACGUCUCGAGUAUCGGUGCGAGUCGUCGCCCAUGAAGAGACGAUUCAUCGACGUUCCCAUGGAAUCGUACGGGCAAGCGUUGCCCUUGAGAGUGGCCAUUCAACACGGUGCCCCGGAUAUUCUUUUGAUCAUGCUCCGUUACGGGGCCUCGGUCGAGUCCGACAAUCUGGCGCCCUCCCCUCUGGAGAUGCUGCUCACCAAGCUGAACGAAUACGAGGCACAACCGGGCCAGGAUGAGACAGCGUACCCGGAACAGCUGUUGCUCUGUCUCAGGCUGGUCCUGAGAACCGUGACGACGGCCUUCGUCAAAACGCCCAGUCACAUAGCUGACCAAAGCGGCGUGCUGAGCAUCUCCCUCUACGAACAGUAUCCAGCUUUGGUGGAACAGAAGCUGGUACCGCCCGAAAGAAGCGGAUUGAGCCCGCCCGAACUGAGACACCUGUGUCGUUGCCGUAUUCGAGAGACUCUGUUCGAAAACUGGAGUCUCCCACACGGGAUCCACCAAUUACAGCUUCCCGAAUCGUUGAGAAACUACCUGGAUCUUCUGUACGAUUAGCGGUUAUCGAUAUGUUAUCUGAGGAAUGUUUCAGAGAAACUGAGAUUCGUUGCUUGGAAUACGGAAAUUUUUGGGUCAUCGAGAGAUUCUUUCGAGGUUUACUUGAAGAUGAGGUCGUCGAUGUUUUCUGUGUGUAAAAUAUGGAGAUUUUAAGUUUGCCACUUUUGGAAGUAUUGGUUAAAUUUUUUACAAAUUAAGGUUUUAUAUUAUUUGAGCAUUAGCUCUUGGGAGAUGAAUCGAAAGAAAGCAGAAGAAUAAAGUGCCUUAAAUUAUGUACAAUAAUUAACUUCUAUGUUAAUUCUAUCCUUUUAAAAUUUUUCAAUGGAAUGUAAGGAACUUUUAAAGGUGUAGGUAUUUGGAAUGCUUACGAACUUUGGCAAAGAUAUAAUCGAUUACAUGAUCCAAUGGAAUCUAGUUUAGAAGAGUUUGACACACGAAUGUAAGCGUUGUCUAAAAUGUUGUAAACUUUCUUAUAAGUUUCAGUGCGUUGCCAGUUGGUCACAUAAACCGAUUAACUUUCUGAUCGAACCAGAACGAUCCCAUAAAAUAAAUGACCGUGUAAACUCUGACACAGGUGUAUCGAAUUUUCCACUUCGUCUGAUACUUUACUCGAAGUUUACGAGUGUACGAUAUUCACCACGAUAUGUAACGAGUUUCUUCAAUAUUAAUAUCGUAGCGGCAGACUUUCGAGUAGUAAAAGCAACUUAUACUACUUGUCGAUUUCCAUAACUUUGUACUAUAAUUAUUUUGCGAAACGUUUCCUGCGAUACUUGUUUCAGAAAUAACGAAACAAAUCGAAUUCGUUGAUAAAUUGGAUUUGACACAAAGAGGAAAUAAAUCGUGAAAGAUGACAUUAUAA